AUGUUUACCUCCUUGGCCAGCUUCACAGUUUAUCUUGCUCUCGCAUCAUCUGUUCUCGGUGCUGCUAUCCCCGCAGCCACAGUGACCACAACGUCUACCGCGGCCGCGACUUCCACAUAUUCUACAGGCCCCCAUAAUGAAGUUGCUGGUGCUCUGUGGAAGCACCAUGUUCACGAUAAGGUCUAUUCCCCUGAGACACCUUCAGCACCACCAACUGCAGAAGCUGUGCGGCGAUCCGGUGAACUCUGGAGGGGGAUCGAGCACGAGGAGCUAUCCCCGGCUGACCGUGCACUCUCUCGUCGAUCCGGUGAGAUCUGGCACGAAUUGGAGUAG